AACGGCUGACUUUAUUACUGGAUUUAAAUGUUUAUCUAAUUGUACUACUCUAUAAAACUCGACUAUCAAUACCAAGAUUUAAAAUUAUAGAUUAAACGUACAAGUUUAAAGGCUAUCGGAUGAGAACCCAAUUUAAAUUCCAGUUCUGUCCACUAGGUGUCACCUUCCACGGAAGUGACGUUUUAUUAAACCAGCUGACGCGUUCACACAAUUGUUGUCCAGCGAGAUCAAUCAGAAAACUAUCCAAAAAUCAAAGGGCGGUGGAUAAACGGCAUGAAGCCACAGCUGUUAGGGGGCCAGGGGCCCGUGCUGGCGCCCUUGCUGCGUGGAUCUGAUGCCAUGCGGUCAAUCCAGGAGGAGCUGGUUGCUGCGAUACACGGAGCCCUGGAAGCGGCUGUGGAGAUCGCUGUCAGAGAGGUGAGGACGCUGGUUGGUCAGGCGACACUCGGUAUGCAUGAAGAGCUGCGGAGGGAGAACGAGUCUCUGAAGGAGAAGCUGCAGCGAGCAGAGCAGCUGCUGCACUGUGUCACAAUGGAGGAAGAUGAUGGUAGCGACAGACAAAGAGACGGAGCGCCCCACCCUGCUUCCUGCGGUCCAAACACUGUUACACCAGAGGUCAGAGGUCAACCUGCAGGGGGUCAAAGCUGCCUUGGUCUGGAUCACCGAGAUGUGAGCAGACCAUCUGAUCGCGAUAGGAAACAGCCUGACACCGAUGGACAAAAGACUCAUAAAGAUGUGUUGAAAAUAGAAGGUGUGACCACACCGUGUCGAAACCUACAAGCUCCAGAGUCAGAAGCAGCUCUUAGAACUUCCCUCAAUUCUACACUGGAGCAAGUUACUAUAAAGCAGGAAGAACCGGAAGAGGAAAGGACACCUAUCUGUUUGGACGUAGUUAAAGACGAAAGUUUAGUUUCGGACAGCAUUAAUUGGCCGUCGGAAGGGACAGAUAUCCGGUGUCAAGACCCAAAGGCUCAAGUUCUUGAUGAAAGGGUGGAUCAAGCUCGCCCUCCAAACAUAAGUAGCAGCCUCACAUCAAACUCGGAUCUUCAAUUAAUCUCUCCAGAGUUUUCAAACAUCUUCCAUCUGGAACCAGCUUCCGUAUCACAGGCUCUUCCACAGGUCCAAGAAUCCCAUAUCAAGUCAGGCCGCAGCAGCACCACCAUCCCCACGUGUAAGCUUUGUGGUCAGACCUUUCCCCUGCCCAGCUUGUUGCGGCGACACUUUGGUCAGUGCAGCCUGAGGCUCCAACAGCGUGGUCAGCCUCCCCAGGGAGGAGGCACAAAGACCCGGCUGCAGCUUCACCCCCCAGGCUGGAGCCCCUUCCGCUGCACAGUGUGCAGCCGAGACUUCAACCGCUUGGAGAACCUGAAGACUCAUCUGCGCAUCCACACUGGCGAAAGGCCUUACACCUGCUCUGUGUGCCUCAAGUGUUUCCGUCACUCAGGAGCGCUGACUCGGCAUUUCCGCAUCCACACAGGAGAGAAGCCGUACGUCUGCGGUCAGUGUGGGAAGUCCUUCAGGAACUGUGGUGGGCUCAAAUUCCACCAGCGCACUCACAGCAAAGACCUACAGUAGAUUAAAGAAAGUCAAGUUCUUUAAGUGCUGACAGCUAUUAAAACACAAAUUUAUAUUCUUCAUAAAAUUUGAAGUUUAUAAAAUACCAACACAAGGCUUUUAAAUACAGAAGUGUUUGGUUUUCUAAAAAUAUAUAUUGCUCAGGGAAUGUCUGCUUGACAGGAUUCAAGACAGCAGAGUUGCUCAUGAUUGAUUUUGAGCAGAAUUUACCGAUAAAACAAAUUUGUUUUAAUCUAUGAAAGGCAAGCUAAUAUCCAACGAUCAAUUAGCUAGUUACAUUUUUAAAAGUUUGUAAUUAUUCAAAAUAAAAGUUUCUUUUUUUGAAAUAAAAAUAUUUUUAAUGACAUUUUAAUUAAAAUUCACUUGUUCAUAAGCUCAUGUGAUUUUUUUCCCCUUUAUAGCUAAUUCCUCCUUCAUUCAAAUUCUUUCACAAAUUGCUAUUUUGAUCAACUAGAGCUGUAAUUAUUUAGUAAUAAAUCCUUUAAAAUAGUUGGAAUACAAAAUGAUUUUACCUAUAUUAAUAAUUGCAAAGGUGAUAAUGCUGUAGCAAUGAUUAUUGCAGCUCAUGGUGACAGUUUAUGUUGUGUUCAGUUCAGUUUUUGCAUUUUUGUAAUAAGUAUGGAAAUAAAAUAUUUUCAUUUAUUUAUUUUUUUGUCCACUUUAGGUUCCUGUCUGCUUAAUAUUGACUUGUCCAUAUGUGUUUUAGCAUCAUAAUCACAUCGGAGA